AUGUCAAGGGAAACACCAAGGAUCAUCCACCAAUCACUCACGGCUCUAUCGCGAUUGAUUGAAUCAGACACCAACGUCUCCACGAUCGACUUGAACCUUCUUGAGAACCUAAACACCAAUCAGUCUUUAAAUUAUAUAAAGCUAGAGAACGAUUUGAACCAAAUAGAACGUAAUGGAAACCAAUUGGUCCAACUAAGUACGUGCAAAACAAAAACGAGAGGAAGGAAAAAAAUGACAAUACUCUAGUUCAUGUAUUAACUCAGUUUACAGAAGCUGAUUUUGAUGCUAGCUCGGAGCUUCUAGCUCAGGUCGAGAACAAGAUUCGAACCCUCGAGGAGAUUAUGGUUGAGCUCGACUCGUUCGUGACUGAAAUGGAAACCGCUGCAAAGUAG